UGCAUAUCUUGAUUUUUCAUCUGUAUCCAUACGUGUUCAAAGCAUAUCCCGAUACGUUUUUUAAAAUUAUCUUUCCGAUAUACCUUACAUUUCCGAUACUUUGAACCUUGGUUUGAAUUAGUUAAUUAUUUUCUGCUACUGUUAACGACUUGAGAGAAAAAAUAGGGGGGAGAAACGAGAGAAAUGUGGGAAGUUGGUUCCGAGUUAUGAUUUUAUAGUGUAGUGGAGCAUCUUGACUUGGUACUGAGGAAUAAGACCCGUAGAGGGAAUGAAAUUACAGAAACAAAACGACGAUAGGGCCGGCAAAGGGGAAGAAGAGAGAUCGGAGAGAGAGAGGGAGAGUGAGGUUAGGGAAGAUGAAUAAUAUUUUUUCAUUCGAAUAGUUAUUACAAGGGUAGUAUAAGGAUUAAAAAAAUUACAACGACCUUUUUGGAUGGAAGACUAACCAAAUGAGGUCUUUGUCUCACGGUCAUAGUACAUGCAGAGUCGCAAAACAAAGUAUAGGGGGUCUUUGUCACAGACGCCAUAGUAUAGGGGUCUUUAUAAUUUAUCCUAAUAACAUAUAAGUACAAUAGAGAUUCUCAAUGCAUAGAGGGAUGUGCCUGUAAGAUCGGUGUGAAGUUGCCCGAUGAGGAGGAGAUCCGGACUCGCUGAAAUUCACCCAGUAUUGGUUCGUAAAAGACUGGAUCUGCUCCUUACAUCUGGCGCCUCACACGCACAUCCUACUAUGCAUUGGGAACAUCUCACGUACUUAUUAAUUAUUCACGGGAGAUGUUCUCAAUGCACAGUAACUGUGAGGCGCCCGAGUAGAUCCCGCUUCUCCUGAGCCAUGAAUCUGAUCCACAAGUUCCUCAACUUGGUGCUUCCUCCUAUAGCUCUCAUCAUUCUCUGUGUCAGCACACUUUUCUUGUUGAUCUUCAGGUUGUUCUCUUGUAUCUCACGCUCCAUCUUUAGCGAGAACAUGGCUGGAAAAGUCGUAGUCAUCACCGGAGGUUCUUCAGGAAUCGGAGAGGUUUACAGAAGUUCAACUCAUAUCGCUUACGAGUAUGCCAAAAGGAGAGCUUCCUUGGUCCUUGUUGCAAGAAGAGAAGCCAAACUUCAAUCAGUCGCAGAAAGGACUCGUCAGCUUGGCUCCCCGGAUGUUGUGAUCGUUCCUGCAGAUGUUUCCAUGGCUGCAGAAUGUAAACGAUUUGUCGAAGAAGCAGUGAAUCACUUUGGCCGACUGGAUCAUUUGGUCUGCAACGCCGGAGUUGUUGUCUAUUGCCCCGUUGAAGAUACAACCAAUGUUGAAAAGUUGAGACCUGUGAUGGAUAUUAACUUCUGGGGACCAGUUUAUGCUACCCAUUUUGCUCUUCCUCACCUCAGAAAGAGCAAAGGAAGGAUCAUAGUGAAUGCUUCAAUGAAAGGGUGGUUGGUCUCACCCUGGUCGAUCUUAUAUGGAGCAAGCAAAGCUGCCAUAGUAAGCUUCUGCGAAACACUUAGAGUUGAGUUGGCACAGGAUGUGAAAGUAACCAUAGUGGCACCUGGGUUUGUAAAUUCAGAAAUCACCCAAGGAAAACACAUAUCCAAGGAAGGUGAAGUGGAGGUAGAUCAAGAAAUGAGCAAGGUUAUGUCCGGAAAAUUCCCAGUUGAAAGUACAGAGGACUGCGCCAGGGCGAUUGUGGAUGGGGUAUGCCGUGGAGAUAGAUAUAUUAUAGAGCCAUCAUGGUACAGGAUCCUGCUACAGUUCCAGUUCUUGUGCCCUGAGCUUGUUGAAUGGUUUGCCCGCUCACUAUAUAAAACCAAGCCACAGGAUGCAGCAACAAAGAGGGAUGCCAUGGGACUGAAGAAGUACUAAGAAGGUUCAAGAAUGGAUUAAUUACUUGGAUUUGAAGUUUUUCAUGUAUAUUUGAAUGCAUAAUAAGGUGCUUCAGAGUGGUUUUGUUUA